GUGACGGCAUCGCGUUGCGCCGCGCACGGAGGGGCGAGGUGGCGGCAUGGCGGCGGCGGCGGCGGCGGCGGCAGGGUCGGGGGCCGCGCCGCAGGGGCUGGGCGGGUGGCUGCGGAGCGCUUAUCGCUUCGCCACCGACCGGAACGACUUCCGAAGGAACCUGCUGGUGAACCUGGGACUCUUCGCCGCCGGAGUCUGGGUCGCCCGGAACCUGACCGACAUCGACCUGAUGGCCCCGCAGCCCGUCCCGUAGCGGCGGAAAGAAGUAGAGCUGCAAGGGAGAGCUCGCCCCUGCAUGCCAGGACCAGAAGAGAUGUGUUUCGCCGUUACAAGCUCCGAUCUGUUCACGGGAGUACGUUCUGUUCUCCUCUGGAGAGCCGCUGCUCACACUUCAAAGCCAUCGUGCUCCAAGCUGUGACAAGGGGGGGGGGAAGCUUUUAAGUGCAAGAGGGAGAAUCUAUUUUCAAUUAAUUCUGCAAGGCGCAGUGAGAAUGGUUUUCUUAAGGAUGCAAAGCCAUUGUGUGCGGAAUUUUCUUCUGUACCCCCGCCUAGCCGUUUAUUAAAGUAUGUAGAAUAAUGACAUAA